AUGGAUUUUUACAAACUUUACGAAAUCGAAGACUGGACGUGUGCAAAGGUUGUAGAAUAUUAUCGUGCAAACUCAAUGCAAAAGGAUUGGACAAGUGUACUUGACAAAAUAAAAAAGGAUCUUCAAAUUGUAGCCUCUUCAGUUUCAACUUUUGACAUAAAGCAUAAAAGAAAAGCUCAAAAAAUUAUUGAUAGCUGGAAGAUUUGGACCGCUUCGAUGAAAGAGAGGAAUGAUAGUCCACAGUUUAAGAUUGGAUAUCAGAAAGUAAAACAACAAAUCCUUGCGACUGGGAAUGCUACGACCAAUGUAAAUGAUAAUCAUCACACAGGACAUUAUCGAGAUGAAGUUAUGGCUCAGGUCGAAGCUACUAGUGUGCAAAAAACUCCCGAAAAUCAAUUUUACCCACCAAUGUUUCCUAGUAUUGAGGAGGAAGAUGAACAAAGAAAUGGCUUUGACGGAGAUAAUGAAUUCACAUUCAAAGACAAAGAAUUAUUCACACGACAAUUUAAAGCCAUGACAAAUGAUAGUAAAUGGAAGCUUAGUACAGGGAAAUAUGUUGAAGAUAUUUUAUAUGAUUUGGGAAUGAAAUGCAAUCUUGUACAUUCAUUUAUCAUAAAUCCAAAGGACAAUUUUGUCCAAACAGGAUUUAAUUCAAAGGAAAUUAGUGAAAUUACAAACAAAGAGUAUGGUAAUUAUACGCCUGAUAUAGAUGAAAAUCUCCUAGCUUACAUUAAUAAUUUUGCAAAGGAAUCAACGAAUGAGAUACGUGAAGUAUUAAAUGCACAACACCCGAAACUUGGUAAAGAUUUUAAUAUAGCAACUGAUUUUCAAUAUGAACAUGUUAGAACAACCAUAGCAGAUUGGGUUCGUUUAUAUGAGAUGACCCCAAAUCCAUUAUGUAUGGAAAUGCCAGAAAGCUGGUAUCGUAUACAUGUAUGGCGGACCAUUGACAUAGCUUUUUCAGACUUGCCAUAUGUCUUUUUAAUAGGUGGCGAAAAAGCAUGUUUGGCCACCAGCGAAAGGAAGAAUAGGUUAAGAACAUUAGACAAUUUCGAAAGGAUGCAACGUAAAGCAAUAGGAAGAAAGGGUGAUGGGUAUGUUCGUACAUUAGGAUCAAGGCAACUGGAUUGGGCUGCUUCAGAAGCAGGUCGUGAGUGGAGAGGAGAGUCCGGUACAAAACUAUUAAAAGAAGGAGGUCUUACUUUACCCAAAACUUUAAAAGACAUCUUUAUUGAGCUUUCUCGACGAGUGAAUUAUUGUGAGGAUAAAGUUCGUAAAAUAAAUGUUCCAGGGUUUAUCCAUUCAGGCGCUGUAAUGAUAAAAACUAAUCUUGAUUGUCCAGGUGGAUACGUAUGCAGAUAUAUGAUAGAAAAGCCAUAUGAAGUUUACGCUGAUAUAAAAAAUUUUCCCAGAACAUUAGAUGUUCUUAUAUCUGUAAUAUAUGCUAAGCUUGAAAUCAUUGAAACAAUGAAAAUUAUAAAUAAUUAA